CAGCCCUUCGCCAUGCUCAGCGCGCUGCGUCGUUGGGGUUCCACCUCCCUCCGCUCCACCGUGCGGCCGGGGCUGUGCCCGGUCGCGCCGGCGCCUCUAGCUCGCGCAGCGGCACCCGUCGUAGCGGUGCCAACGGCGUGGCCGUUGGGAGCGGUGCGAUGGAAGCAGGUGAAGGUGCAAAGCUACUGGAAACCACCUCGCGCCAAGCCCUGCGGACAACGCAUCCCCAAGAAGCCACACGUUGGGCCCAAGGCCCUCCCUGGUGAGUACACGGAGAUCGGCCGCGUGAUUUGCAAACAACGGCGGUACCUGGCGAAGAACCCACACGUCACGCGCAAGAGGCACUUCAAGUACUACCCUGGAGUGAAUGUGAAUGUGAUGCACAACUCAUCUCUGCAAGCUGCCUGCAGCGGACGGAUCAAGAUGACCCAUGACGUCUCACGGAAGGUGAUGGUGAUGAACGUCUUAGCCGAGCCAAGAGAGGAAUUUCUGCAAGAGGACAUGUGGCGAUAUCGCACAGAGCACGUCGGCAGCAUGGAGGAGAACCGUGAGCUUUGCGCCCUCCGAGCGAAAGCCUUCCCCAUCUUCGGCAAGGAGGGUGGUUGGGUCAACCAGCCAAUUGGUCCAAAGCCCAUGAGUGCACGGAUAUCGAAGAACAACGAUCGCUGGAACAACACGCUGGUGCGCGACCCCUUGGAGAUGGAACCCUUUUGCUAUCCCUUGAACCGAGCUCAAUUGGAAAGACACAUUCGAAAGGUACGGGCACGGCAAAAGGGCGUACCAGAGGAAAAGAAUGACCCGGAGUUCCAAAUCACCGACGUGAAGUUCAAGAAUUUCCAUGGCCAAACGGCCCAACGCUGACAUAAAUCAUCCAGUAGGUGGCCCUGGCGGACUUAUUGGACUGAGGCUCAUUCCUUUUGGGUGUGGCUAUUUGAAUAUGUUCGGAUCAUUGCU